CAAGUAUACAACAGUCGAAUGAGUAGAAUAAAUUCUGAUAAAUGCAAAGGCAAAUAGAUGGGACUACGAUUAAUAUGAAUCUUCUAUUUCCGGAAAAUAUAAUCAAAGAAUCGUUUGUUUCAGGUAAUCUUCUAGUUAUUCUGGUUGUGACGUUGAGCAGGCGAUUGAGAUCAAUCACCAACUUCUUUCUAGCUAAUUUAGCAGUCGCCGACUUCUUCGUAGCAAUUUUCUGCGUCUACCAGAACUUGGUCAUAUAUUUCAUUGACAGUUGGAUGUUGGAGAAGUUCCUCUGUAAAAUGUAUAUGUUCAUCCAGUCAUUGAGCAAUACGGCCAGUAUUUUCAUUCUAGUUGUGAUAUGUACGGAGCGAUAUUUUGCCAUCAUCUAUCCCAUCACGUGUAAGCAGAUACUUACUCCAAUUAGACUAAAGUUGAUCAUCAUCGGAGUUUGGAUAACCUGCAUCCUAUACAGCUCUCCAAAAUUCUACUGGGGGAAUACGGUGACUAAUCCUACAGCUGGAAACGGUACCGAAACAUUGUGUGUCCUCGAUAGGCAGAAGUACAAUUCGAAGCUAUUCGAUAUCAUUCAUUUCGUGCUGUUUUAUGUGAUUCCCUUGGCAGUGAUGUCAUUGCUGUACACGAGAAUCGCCGUCUGCUUGUGGAACAGUUCCGAACAACUCAAAAAACAACUGGACGCGUCAAAUAACAGCGACCAUUACCAACUUUGUAGGAAGCAGUCGAGUCGAUACAACAAGAAGCAUCAGACCCAAUUGAACGGCGAGGCCAGACUCUUGCAAUCGACUUCAUCGAACGGCGGCAUGCCUAAUCCCAAUUCCAGCCAGAACGUCCUGCGGGCCCGUCGCGGCGUCAUCAAGAUGCUCAUCGUCGUCGUUUGCGCCUUUGCGGUCUGCAAUCUGCCCUUUCAUGCGCGCAAAAUGUGGCAAUACUGGUCAUCCAAUUACCACGGAGACACCAAUUUCAGCGCCCUGCUCACCCCGCUCACUUUCCUCUGCACCUACUUCAACUCGGGGGUCAAUCCGCUGCUCUACGCGUUUCUCUCCAAGAAUUUCAGGAGAGGUAUGCGGGAAAUCUUGUUAUGCUCCUUACCACGAAAGAAGCAACACAACCCAAAGAACCAGUUCAGUCUCCGAUUCCAAAGACACGUGUCUACAAGAUCCACAUUGAAAGGCAAUGCAACGACAGUAACGAUUAUCCAGAACGAGCAUAGUUCAGAAUGUUCUCACGAAGUGUGAGGAUGUGCCUCCUGCCUCUAUUGUUCCAGGUACAGUUGAAGAGGCAGAUUUGGAAAACAUCUUGAAGAGGACAGAAUAUGUGAAAAGGAUAUCGAGAUUGACGACUACAACCUACAUCGAAACCAACCGAUUGAGAAUGAGGAACUUUAUUAUCCUCACAUUGUUUACAUCCAUGCAUAAAUUUAAUAACUUUGGAUUAAUGUGAUCUUUUAGAAUCAAUUGGGAUGAGAUUAUUCAUGUAUAUCAAUAUUGUAUCCACAUCGAUAUAGAGGCUGAUAAAUACAGAGUCCUUCGAUCAUGACGAUAUGAGUCGAGAUCUACAGUGUAUGUACUGUGUACGUUGAGGAUUAUCCACACAAUCUUCAUCUCCUGAUAGAUGUAUUUUUAUGAUAUUGUUGUUAGGUAGGUUGCAUUUUCACUCAAGACAUUAUCAGAACCGAUUUCCAUUAUGAUCAUCACUAAAUAGAGAGCGAAUAUUUUUAACCCAGUUUCUUAGGAUGAUGCAAAAGAUCUGAACAUGUUUCAGUUCCUCCAGGGAGUAAAUUGUUAGUUUCCUUCGCAAAAACCAGUAGUAUCAUUUUUUUCGGGCACUUUUUAUUAUAAAAUGGUGAAAAUCAGUAGGUACAGACCCAAAAUGUUGGGAAUAGGCUAAAUGGUUAUCUAUCAGAGAAGAACACAUCUACGUGUCAUAUUCUACUAUUCG